UUGAUUUUUUCUCAACUAUAUCGAAAAGAGCUCCCAAAUACACGAGUAAAACUCCAGUGAGGGAACUUGGCUUAGCCGCCAACAUUGCCCUCUUUCUCUUCACUGAACCAAACCCAGUCAACUACUGAGAUAAUGUUAUUCUACCAUUCAUUUUUCUUAUUUGUGCCUGUAGGGUUUCAUGUUAGUGGUAAGAAGGUAUAAAAGAGUUAUAUUGGUUUCAUGGGAGUAUUGAUUGAGUUACUCAGAGACCUGAAUUGAGCAGCAUUCAUUUCACAUUUACUGAUUUGGUAUCAAGCAAAUGAGUGCUGUUGUGUUUCCUAAACAUGUUGCCGCUGUAUUAAAAUGUCAAAAGAAGCCAUUAAGGGCACUAGAAAUAUUCAAUUCAGUGAAAAAGGAACACGGGUUUAGCCAUAAUUUGUUUACAUACAAAUGUAUUGCUGAAAAACUUAGCUAUUAUGGAGAGUUCAAGGCAAUGGAAGGUGUCAUUGAAGAAGCCAGGAAGAAUAUUGAUAAUAGGUUGUUAGAAGGGGUUUACAUUACUGCUAUUAGAGGUUAUGGAAAGAAUGGGAAAGUUCAACACGCGGUAGAUGUGUUUGAGAAGAUGGAUUUUUUCAAUUUUGACCCGUCUGUUCAUUCAUUUAACACAAUCAUGAAUAUAUUGGUUGAACAUGGUUAUUUUAAACAAGCCCAUAAACUUUAUAUGAAAAUGCUGGAAAAUGGUAUUUCUCCUGAUGUAUAUACCUUUACUAUUAGAAUAAAGUCAUUUUGUAGGACAAAUCGGCCUCAGGUUGCUUUAAGGCUUUUGAAUAACAUGCUUGAUCAAGGAUGUGAAUUUAAUGCAGUUGCAUGUUGUACAGUAAUUGCUGGAUUUUAUGAAGUGAAUAGUCGAGUUGAGGCUUGUGAAUUGUUUGAUGAAAUGCUUAGUCUCAGAAUAACUCCUAAUGUUACUAUGGUUAAUAAGCUUAUCUGUACACUUUGUAAGAAAGGGGACGUCCAAGAAAGUGAAAGGCUUCUUAACAAGAUACUGAAAAGAGGGGUGUUCCCAAAUUUGUUUACAUGUAAUCUCUUAAUACAAGGUCUUUCUGUAAACGGCCAGCUACAUGAACCUGCUAGGAUGUUGGAAGCUUUGAGGAAAAAAGGUUUAAAUGCUGAUGUAGUCACUUAUAACACUCUCAUUUGUGGUUUAUGCAAACACUCAAAGGUUGUUGAAGCUGAGUCUUACUUGCAUAAAAUGGUGAACCGCGGGUUCGAUCCUGAUGCGUUCACCUAUAACACAAUCAUUGGCGCAUAUUGAAAAUUGGGUAUGAUGCAGAAAGCUGACAGAAUCCUUAAUAAUGCAGUUUUUAAAGGUUUUGUUCCUGAUGUGUUUACUUUCUGCUCCCUUAUUUACGGAUUAUGCCAGGAUGGUGACUUCAACCGAGCCAAGAGUUUAUUUAAUGAAGCCAUAGGUAAAGGUAUGGAGUCUAAUAUAAUCCUCUAUAACACCUUAAUUAAGGGAAUGUGUCAGCAAGGACUUAUCUUAGAAGCAUUGAGAUUGAUUUCUGAAAUGCCUGAGAGAAGUUGCAGGCCUAAUACAUGGACAUAUAAUCUGAUCAUCAAUGGAUUGUGCAAGAUGGGUUGUGUAUCUGAUGCUAGUAAUAUCCUGAAUGAUGCCGUGACCAAAGGCAUCCUUCCUGAUAUUUUUACCUUCAACACCUUGAUUGAUGGUUAUUGCAAACAGUCAAAAUUGGCUGAUGCAAUGGAGAUUCUAAAUACAAUGUGGCAUCAUGAUGUUGUUCCAGAUGUGAUAACCUAUAACACAAUGUUGAAUGGACUUUGCAAGCUUAAAACUUCUGAUGAUGUGAUGGAAACCUUCAAAGUCAUGGUGGAGAAAGAGUGUGUCCCAAAUAUAAUCACAUAUAAUAUACUCAUUGCGAGCCUCUGUAAAUCCAGAAAGCUUAUGAAAGCUUUAGAAUUACUUGAGGAUAUUCAAAGCAGGGGUCUUAUUCCUGAUACAGUGAGUUUUGGCACUCUGAUAAAUGGGUUUUGUGGUAAUGAGGAUUUGGAUGGAGCUUAUGAGCUAUUCAAAAGAAUGAAAAGGCAAUAUAAAUAUUCUCAUGAUACUGCAACAUACAAUAUAUUAAUCAGUGCAUUUGCUAAAAAGCUAAAAAUGGACAUGGCAGAGAAGCUUUUACUUGAGAUGAAUGAAUGUGGCUGUCCUCCUGACAAUUACACAUACCGUUGUAUGAUAGUUGGUUUCUGCAAGGUUGACAACACUGAAUUUGGAUAUAAGUUUUUGCUUGAAAACUUUUCGAAAGAAUUUUUUCCAUCAAAAGAAACAGUGGGACGUGUGAUAAAUUGCCUAUGUGUGAAGAACAGGUUACUCGAUGCAGUAGGUAUCAUUCAUCUCAUGGUGCAAAAGGGUGUUGUCCCUGAUGUGGUCCACACAAUUUUUGAAGUACUUAAAGAGGAUGUGGCAGCUCCUAAGAUUGUUUUGGAAGACUUGCUGAAGAAGAAUCAUAUCACCUAUUAUGCCUAUGAACUUUUAUACGAUGGGAUAAGCGACAAAAAGAUUUUGAAGAAAUUAUCAAUGAAGGUAUUGUCUGCUAAGAAGGGACACUCAGGGAAUCCACUACUUUCUGCUGUGGCUGCUGUAACUCAUCGAAGAGCAUGUUCCAUGGGUAUUACUAAAGCCGGGGAGCUUGAGCGUGCAGAGGGGUUGUUCUUGCAGAUGCCAAGUAGAGAUGAUGUUUCCUGGAGUACUAUGAUUGUUGGAUUUUCUCAUAACGGAAAAGGGCCUAAAAUACCCUUGAACUAUUAAAAUGGAACCGCGGCUUCUGAGAGUGGAAGCGGAGAGAAUUUGGAGGCAGAUGCAAGGAAUGCCGUUGGAAAAUACCGUGCCUUCAUUUCUGCUGCUGAUGCACUACAUGCGAUUCGGGAGAAGUUUCUUCUGUUGAUAAGCAUCUUGGUUCAAUUCAAAAAAGUCUGUGAGGAAGAUGGGUUAAAUGAACUUGGGUCGGGUAGAUUUUAUUUGGGUCUAGUUUGGAAAUGGGUGAGUUUUUAAAUUAACUUAGGUUAUUUAAAAUCUGGCCAAUAGAAAAUCGCCACGUCAUUAAUGAACUUAUUAAUUGGGUUUAAAUUGGGACAGUUAAAAAUAAAGGGCAAUAUAGGACCUAAAGGUAGACAACAAGGGUAUUUUAGGACUAAUAGGUGGACGGUAAUUUUGUACUAUUUCUAAUUGUUCAAGGGUAUUUUAGGCCCUUUUCCGUUCUCAUAAUGGUUACUUUGAUGAGGCGCUUGGGGCUUUCAGGGAGUUGGUUGGGUGUGGAAGUAAGCCGAAUGAAGUGAGCUUGACGGGUGCUUUAUCUGCGUGUGCUUAAGCUGGGGCGUUUAAGUUUGGGAUGGUAUUGGAUGCAUUUAUAGAGAAAGUGGGGUUGGUUUGGAUAAGUUCCGUGAACAAUGCACUUUUGGAUACUUACUCCAAGUGUGGAAAUGUGUUGAUGGCUCGUCUUGUCUUUGAGAGAAUGCUUGGGAAGAAAACCAUUGCUUCUUGAACUUCUAUGAUUGCAGGGUUUGCAAUGCAAGGAUAUGAUGAAGAGGUGAUAAAAUAUUUUCAUGAGAUUGAAGAAUCUGGGACCAGACCUGAUGGGGGCGUCACUUUUAUUUUCGGUACUUUAUGCAUGUUGUCAUGCUGGUUUAGUUGAACAAGGUCAUGAGCUAUUCAGUAAAAAUGACAGAAACUUAUGACAUUGAACCAACUGUUGAGCAUUAUGGUUGUAUGGUUGAUUUGUAUGGUAAGGCUGGUCAGCUUCGUAAGGCAUAUAAUUUUCUGGUUCAAAUGCCAGUACCACCCAAUGCCGUUAUCUGGCGAACACUUCUUGGGGCUUACAAUUUUUUGGCGACAUUGAGAUGGCUGCGAAAGUUAAUAAAAGACUCUCUGAGCUGGAUCCAGACAAUUGUGGUGACCAUGUUUUGGUGUCCAACAUUUAUGCAUUUGCUAGGAAAUGGAAGGAUGUUGCCAUGGUGAGGAGAUCAAUGGCUGAGAAAAAUAUGAAGAAAAUACCAGGUUGGAGCAUGCUUGAAAUAGACAAGGUCAUGUAUAGUUUUGUAGCAGGUGAUAGACGAAAUGAGAUUACUGAAGAGGCUUAUAAUAAGCUAAGUGAGAUAAUGUUAGAACUUAAAGUAAAAGGUGGUUAUAUUCCAGAGGUAAGCAGUGUUUUACAUGAUAUAGAAGAGGAGGAAAAGGAAGAUACUGUGUCUAAGCACAGCGAGAAACUCUGUUGCUUUUGGUAUGGCAAGGUUAUGUAAGGGAAGCACUAUACGAAUUGUAAAGAAUUUGAGGGUGUGCAGAGAUUGUCAUAGUUUUAUGAAGUUGAUAUCUAAAGACUACGGAUUAGAGAUUGUGGUUAGAGACAGAAGUAGGUUUCAUUCUUUUAAAGAAGGUUCGUGCUCUUGCAGAGAUAAUUGGUAAGGGAUGAUUUAUGGUCCAAUCAAAUUGUCAAUGUUCUCAGUUUCAGGAAAAACAUGUUGACUGCAAACAGAAGACCCACAUUUUGGAUGACAUGGGAUCCUCCAUGCUUGCCAUCGAAAUGAAAGAAAAUUUAAAAGAAGUAGUCAAACAUGUCUGUCAACUGAUAGACUUGGAAAAGGCUACUGCAUCAAGCUCCUUACAGAUCUUCAGAAUUACUGCAUUUGAGCUGAGGGUCUUCUCGACACAGCCUUUCUACCUCCACGAGGUAGUAGUAAGGUCUACGUACAUUCUACUCUCCCAGACCCCACUUGUAGGAUUUUACUAGGUAUUGUCUGCUAAGAAGGGACACUCAGGGAAUCCACUACUUUCUUCUUUGGCUGCUGUAACUCAUUGAAGAGCCAUGUUCCAUGGUAAUUGUGUGCCCCAUCAAGUCAUUUUUCUGGAGCUUGCUUAAUAGAUCCUUGUGACUUUUGAGGUAUUUACGUUAAGAUCCCUUAUCACUCACAUUCAUCUUGUGAGUCGAGAGAUAUUAUCUGCAAUAGGUUAGUGAGGAGGACCAACAUGCAAAGAGCCAGGCAAAAUUUCUGUUCCCGAAUGAGGGAAGUGGAAAGACAGCUAGGGAGAGGGAUAUACUUCUUUUUAGAAUCGUCGAAAUUUUAUGGCAAACCCUUUUCUUCUCAAUUUCUUUAGAACCAAACAAGAAAAUAGUAGAAGAUCAGACCAAAGGAGAUUUCACUUGUAUGAUUUGAUUUGACUUUUCGAUCCAGAUCAGAACUGGACAUAUAUAUCUUUGUUUGUAUAAAAUAAAACAUAUUUUAGAUAAGAAAAGGCAACUGUGACUCCAAAUAUCAUUGAGAGCAGAUUACAAAGCUGCAGGUUAUUUGUUGUAUUCUUGCUGCUUUCUUGACUGGUCUACUCGACCCAGUGAAGUCCUGCAAAUAUUUGUCCAACUCAGUCUAGUGGUUGAUUGGCCAAUACUGAUCCUUACUUUGGCAUUGAGGUUCUCCAAAGAGGUCAAAAGCUGCGAUGAAAGCCCUCGGGGAGACCCAAAGGGGUGAGCAACUAUGUUGAAGUCACUGCUGCUGCUCUGCCCCAAGAGGAAGAUCAUUGAGAUUGGUGCAGAUCAUCUUUCAGGUUUCUGCAAAAGAUAUUUGAGCUAUAAUCCUAUGAUGGUUGUCGAAUUAAGUCCUCAACACUUUAUUGGUGAAGGGUCAGUGGUUUACAUGACAGUUCCGUUGAUGAGCAAUAUACAAAGACACUUUGAGUCCAUCAUAAGAAAAGAAAGUUGCGUAGGAAUGACAUUGUAAGACUUGGUACAUUUAAAAUCUCAAAAAUGAAUAUUUUGGUGAUAUAACUCCUGAUGAUUUCUUUGUGAAACCUUUGAUGAACCCUUCCUAAGAAGUUGGGGUAGCAAUGUGUACAAUUUGACAAUUUUCAGAGUCCAUUUUGGACAUUUAAGGGUAAAUUUACAAGAAUUAGACAAA